AUACUGCUUUGUAUAAACGUCAAAUAUAAAGACUGCAAAAUUGUUGCAGACGUACUAUUUUAAUUUUUUCUUUAAAUUUAUUGCAUAUAAAAGUUCGAUUUAUUUAUUUAAAAUAUAAAAUAAAAGUGGUGCUUCGUGUACGGUUCACGCCGAAAAAUAUGUCGUUAUUUCGUAAGCCAAAGAAAAUACAGCGGCGUGUUUUUUCAAGCGCUCUAGACGAUGAGGAUGAAAAUGCGGGGCAUGAUAUGGAAGUGGAGAUCGAUGGGGAGCAAUCUUUGCAAAAUAACAAAAAAAGUAAAGACGGCGGCCCUAAAAAAUCAAAUAAAGCAGAUAAAAUCGAAGAACCUAAAACGAAGGCUCUAUUAAGUUUUGCAGACGAUGAGGAAGAUACCGAGGUAUUUCAGGUGCGAAAGUCUUCAAACAGUAAAAAAAUUAUGCGCAUGUUGGAUCGAGAGCGACGUCGCAAGCGUAAGGAGGAACGCCAUAAUACACAGUCAUCUGUAGACGUUGGUAAUAGUGAUUGUGCUGAUGGUGUUGCUUCCAUUGGACGACAACGUGAACGACAGUCAUACGAACGUUCUGAGAAUGGAAAAUCUACUAACGGCAGUAGUAAUUAUUCUCACAAUUUAGGUUCCACUACCACAUCAAGUAAUAAAUAUAAGGGUACAACAGCGUUAGCAUCGAGCGGAAAGUCCCUAGGCACUGCCUCAGCAUCUGCUGUUGAACAGUGUAAAAGUAAAAAAUCUGAUAGUAUCCAAACAGAAAUACGCACAGACGACUUUGUGCUUGUUGUUAAAAAAUCUGAACCAGAAAUUAUACUCAAUGGACGCGCAGCGAUUUGUGCUGGUCGCAACGACAUGUCAGACGAAGAUGGACCCGAAGCAGAUGAAGAUGAGCGUGAGGGAAAACAUCGUUUUUCAAAGCCUGAACACCUAAAACAAAUGCUGGAAAGCGGUUCUAUACCCGAUGCCGCAAUGAUACACGCUGCACGGAAACGUCGACAGAAAGCGCGAGAACAAGGUGAUUUUAUACCAGUCGAGGAGCCAAAAGAGCCAGUGAAGAAAGGCAGCCGGUUGGCUCGUGAAGAUGUGGAGGGUGAUAAUUCUGACGACGAAGAGCGUAUGGACAUGACAGUUGCGACUGCCAAAAAGGAACGUGAAGAGCGACGUGAACAAUUUUACGCCGUGGAAAACAACGAUUAUUCCGAUGAAGAUUCCGAUCGCGAAAUGCAUGAGUGGGAGAAUCAACAAAUACGUAAAGGUGUAACCGGUGCCCAAUUGGUGAGUGCACAACAUGAUGCGGUGCUCUCACGAUUCAUGAUAAAGCCUGCAGCUACCAAUGCAUUAGAAUAUGUGCCAGAACAACAAUCGACUUCGACGCUGUUAGAACAAGCCUAUGCUAAGAGUGCUCUGCAGAAACCCCAACAAAUAUUGAGCGGGUCAACGAAGCCGAAAAAGGAAAAGGUUAAAGCCGCUUCUAUGCGCACACCGAAGGAGAUACACGAUGCAAUACGUACACGUCUGAUGAAAUUACAAGAGGUUAACCAGAAACACAUGAGUGAUAUUGAACGUAUAGUCAAUGAUUUGAAGAUAUUAAAGUUAGAGGAAUUAGAUUGUACACAGAAAGCGCCAACAGCGGCAGCUAAAUACCGUUUUUAUCAAGAACUUAAAUGCUACGCUGCCGAUUUGGUGGAUUGUCUGACGGAGAAGACACCAAUAAUCAAUGAAUUGGAGAAACGCACUUUGCUGGUAUAUUCAAAGCAUCAAAACUUUCUCAUUGAGCGUCGCCGUCAGGAUGUGCGCGAUCAGGCCAAGGAAAUGGCAGAGGCUUCAAAACCUGCUGGCUCACGGCGUGCACCGGAAUCGGAAGAGCAAAUUAGACGUGCCGCGGAGCGCGAAGGCAGACGUACACGUCGUCGUUGUGAACGUGAAAAAAAUGAACUGCUGACAUCACAUUUGGAUGGCAUGUCUAGUGAUGAUGAGACAUCGGAUCGCUAUCAGGAGCAAUUGAAAACUAACUUAGAGCAAAUACAAAAGGAAUCAGAGGCAAUAUUUAACGAUGUAAAUGAUGACUUUUAUAAAGUCGAAUUGAUAUUAAUGAAAUUUUAUGCUUGGCGCAAAACUGACAUUGAAUCAUACAAAGAUGCUUUUGUUAGUUUAUGUCUGCCUAAGGUUCUCGGUCCUCUUGUGCGUUUGGAAAUGCUGUCCUGGUCACCACUGCUCGAUGAAUAUAAAGAUAUUGAGAAAAUGAACUGGUAUUCAGCUUGUAUGCUUUAUGCUGGUGGUGAAGAUGAAACCGAAGCAACUUUAAGACUUGACCCCGAUAUUAAUUUGGUGCCAACGAUUAUUGAGAAAAUUGUGCUACCCAAAAUGACAGAUAUUGUGAAUCAAUGCUGGGAUCCCUUAUCAACAACGCAGACAUUACGUUUAAUUGGUUUUAUAAACCGUUUGGCACGCGAUUUUCCACUUAAAGAUAGUUCAAAACAGUUGCAACAAUUAUUUGAGAAGAUUUUAGAAAAAAUGAAGCUAGCUUUGGAGAACGAUGUCUUCAUACCGAUAUUCCCUAAACAAGUACAAGAGGCAAAAACUUCGUUUUUCCAACGUCAGUUUUGUAGCGGACUAAAACUGUUUCGAAAUUUUCUUAGCUGGCAAGGUAUCUUAGCAGACAAACCCUUGCGUGAAAUGGCAAUCGGUUUAUUACUCAAUCGCUACCUAUUGCUUGCUAUGCGGGUUUGCACCGCCAACGAUGCAAUAACUAAAGCCUACAUCAUAGUGAAUACAUUGCCAACAGUUUGGCUGCAACCGGAAUCGGAGACAUUGCAGAAUUUACAGUUACUAAUUACCUACAUUAAACAGACUUUGGACGCAUUCGAUGCAAACAAUCCACUUUUUAUACAAACUAGUGAUAAAGCAAAACAAAUACUGCAACGGUUACAUAGCUACUAAUUCGCACACGAUUUGCGUACUGAAACGAGUUUGCAACUGCAACAAAUUCGCGUAUAAUUAAAAUCAGCACAACGCUGCAGCUUAAUUUGUAGGAUACACACUAUGUAAAUAUUUGUAGUUCACCUAGCUAUACAAUUAUAUAAUAUUAUAUUUAAUUCAGUAGCAGUAGGAACUUUUUCAAAACUUCAAUUAAAAUUAAGCAUUGUGAAAUUACGAACUCGUCGCUCCAUAACCAAAUAAAUAAAAAACGAUAACUAGUAGAA